AUGGCACGGCGAAAUCUACUCGUAUGUUUCGACGCCUUUGGGACUCUCUUCCACCCAAAGUUCCCCGUUGCCGAACAAUAUGCGACUGUCGCACGCCAAUGCGGGCUUGAUGGGUUUAGUACCGAAGACGUCCAGGCUUCUUUCAAGAAGGCAUUCUCGGCGGAAUCGAAAGCACAUCCGAAUUAUGGAAAGGCCAGCGGCAUGGGUGCUCCGAGAUGGUGGACGAAUGUAAUCACUAAAACCUUCCAACCCCUCGCCGGCAACGGCGUAGACCUACCCAAGGACCUAGCCCCCAAGCUCCUCCACCGCUUCGCCUCGGGUGAGGGAUACGCCCUCUCUCCCGGCGUGGCCUCCCUCCUCCGCUCCCUCAAACAAUCAGUCCCAGCACCAUCCCACCCCCAGAUCCCACCCAUAGUGGGCGUCAUCACCAACUCGGACGACCGCGUCCCAUCCAUCCUCACCUCCCUCGGCCUACGCGUUCACCCUCUGCGUUUCGGCAGCAACACCAGCCCCGAUACUGAUACCAACCCGAACACUCCCCAGCAAGAGCAACAUGCUUCCGCCUACGACAUCGAUCUCCACUGCAUGUCCUACGACGUCGGCUUCGCCAAGCCCGACCGCCGCAUCUUUGACGCGGCUGAGGGUAUGGCCGACCAACUGGCUGCCGCUGCUGCUUCUGCUGCUUCCACACGGGGAGGCGGUGGUGGGGUGGUGCUGCCGUGGCUGAAGGUGUAUGUGGGUGAUGAGUAUGGCAAGGAUGUUGUCGGGGCGAGGGGGGCCGGGUGGAAUGCUAUUUUGAUUGAUCAUGGGGGUAGUGGUGAAGGUAAGGAGGGGGGGGAGUUGGAGUGGUUAGGGGAUGGGCCGCUAGAGGAAGUGUUUCCGUUGGAUGGGCCACCGAGGGCGGUACGUUCUGGGAGCGUGCAGGGGGUGCUGACGUGGUUGGGUAAAGAGGUGAGACGGGGAAAAGGAGAGAGGUAUGGGAUGUAA